AUGGAGUUUGAGAAGAAGAAGGACGAUGGUGUGAGUCUGGAACUCGGGUUGAAGCCGUCGAUGCCGGCGGAGCCAGCGCGGGUCUUCGCAUGCACCUACUGUCGCCGGAGGUUCGUCAGUUCGCAGGCGUUGGGCGGCCACCAGAACGCACAUAAGCUGGAGAGAAGCCUGGCGAAGCGUGGGAGUUUGGCGGCUUGGCAUCGCCAUGUGCUCGGUAUGAGCAGCAGCUUCCAGUGCCAUGAAGGUCCGAAGAGAAGAGAGAUAGAUGAUGUCGUCGAUGAGAUCGACUUGUCGCUGAAGCUGUGA